UGACCUUGACGUUUGUUGUUAGGUUCUCAAGUUGCACAGUUGUAUUUAAAUGUUAGUGCAGGAUUGUGCGACAGCCGUGAGAGAAAUAAGUAGUUGAGCCUAUGUUUUAAUACUGAUCCUUUCUCACAGCUGUUUGCAGCAUAUAUUAUUCUGUUUGGGUACCAUUCCCAAUUCGGAUUUUAACCGUUGUUACUGAUACACUUCUGGUUAUAAAAUGGGUGACGACGAUCAAGUUGUACGACAAAGAACAGGGGAUGUUGUAGAACCAACUACUAUUACUGCUUCUUCGACAACUAAUACUAUCAAUAUCGAUACACAAGAUGAUGUAUUAAACGCUAAGAAACAAACAAGCGAUGAUGAUGACGAUGAUGAACCAAUUGAUCCAAUUAGACCGGAUUUUGAAGCCGCUGAAAAACUACAUCAAGGUACAAGUCAUGUACCGCCAAUAAUUAAUUUCUUAAAUAAAUUUCUUCCACCACGUUGGGUUAAUUGGACUGUACGAUUAUUUACAGGCCUACUAUUAAUUUCAGGAUUUACACUUCUUAUUUACUUGGGUCCAUUGGCAUUAGUACUUAUGGUAAGUGUUGUAUAUGAUAAGUUAUUUAUUUAUUUUUCUGUUACCACUAAACGAUUGACCAGAGUUUGUCAACUUCUUAGCAUUAGCAACUAAUUACUUAUCGUUGAUUUUGUCUUAAUUAAAUCCAUGAGGAAACUAUCAUUGCAACAAGCGAUGGAUUUUUUUUUAUCCAAGUAGGUGAAUUCCAAAUAAUAUAUGUAUAAACCAAGUACAUGCGUAUGAAUGUUAAUGGUGCUAUUUGGUUGCCAAAAGUCAAGUAGAUAGAGCAGAGUUUGAGUCCGAAACAUAGUGACUGAAAGUCGAACGCCUUAACCAUUAAACCAACAUUAAACUAUUGAAAUAAAGCUGGAGAUAGCUAAACCAAAAUGUUGUACUAGUCCCUGAAUUCACUGGUUAAUGAACUGAGCUAUGUUAAUGGGUGUGUAGACUACCUGGUUAGGGUCUACGUUGAUUAUCGCAACAGAUGAUCAGAGACUUUAAAUGACAUGGCUAAACAUCGUUCUCAAUAGUUAAAAUGCAUUUACUCUUUAUCUUCCCUUAGAACCUCGGUUGCGAAAUCUCUUUAUAUAUUUUUAUUCUUUCUAUACCUAGUCUUUUCUACCAGUGCUGAUACUUUUACUAUUCCUACUAUUCUGGAAUUUGUCUUAAAAAUAAUUUUAUGUCGCUGUACUAAUAUGGUAUGGGAACUUGAACCGAUGCACAUGUGUCAGGUUGCAUUUGAUUCACUGACUAAUCAAUUCUCUUUUUUCGUUGGCCGAUUUUAAAUGUAUGUACUUGGCUUUGAGUAACAUUGUUUGUCUUUUUAAGAACCUACUUACUUACGCCUGUUACUCCCAAUGGAGCAUAGGCCACUGACCAGCAUUCUCCAAACCACUCUCUACUGGGCCUUCUUUUAUAGCUCCAUCCAUUUCUUGUUCAUUUUACUCAUGUCUAUCUCCAUUUCUCGGCGUAAUGCCUUCUUUGGUCUUCCUCUUUUCCCUUGGCCUUGAGGAUUCCAUGUGAGGGUUUGCCUUGUGACGCAGUUCGGUGCUUUUCUCAAUGUGUGUCCUAUCCACUUCCAGUGCUUCAUUCUGAUUUCUUCCUCCGCUGGGAUCUUGUUUGUUCUCUCCCACAGUAGGUUGUUGCUGAUAGUGCCCGGCCAACGGAUCUGAAGUAUUUUGCGUAGACAACUGUUAAUAAACACCUGUAUUUUCUGGAUGAUAGCUUUCGUAGUUCUCCAGGUUUCGGCCCCAUACAUUAGAACUGUCUUGACAUUUGUAUUGAAAAUCCUGACCUUGGUGUUGGUUGACAGUUGUUUUGAGUUCCAGAUGUGCUUCAGUUUUAAAUAUGCUGCUCUUGCUUUGCCUAUCCACGCCUUCACAUCUACAUCAGAUCCACCGUGUUCAUCAAUGAUACUGCCCAGAUGUGUAAAGGUUUUUACACUGUGUAAGAACUAGUAAUACUGAUAAUCUGUUGUCCAAGCCGAAAUAGUUGAAUUAUUAUUAUUAUUAUUAUCAUUAUUAUUAUUAUAAGCUUUAUUCAACAUUAUAUUUUUAGUACAACAUAGAAUUCUCAACAUAAAGUAUUUCAACAAGUUUCCUUUUUUUAUACCUUGAUCGAUUGUGACGAUAAAUUUUGAAUGAUGACCAGUUAGAUGUUAGGAGUUCGGUAAUCCACAUUUGAUUAAUGUUCAUUCGUUUCAAUGCAUAUUGCCGGCCACAAUGAUGUCGCUGAUUGUACCUUUUUGUAUCCCGUAUAGCGAAAGGUUGUAAACUUUUCAUAAACGCGCCUGAAUAGAUUGUGUGCACAACAGACAUAAUGAUGUGCUAAAACAAACAACAAAACAGAUAACUUGAUGAAAUAUCUAGAUCGGAGGAAACAGGUAGCCCAGAUAUUCAAGCAGGCCGCCUUCAGUUGCCAACCUACUAGUUGGUUGCCAAGUGUUUCAACUGUUAACUUAUCAAUGCUUAAAUAAUUGAUUAAUCCAGAUUUAUCUUUGGAUAUGUCUUGUUCUUGAAUUCUUAAAUAUCAGCUUUCUAACUGCCUCCCGGUUCAUGAAAGUCUUUCAAUCUUGAGGCCAGAAAAAAGCUUAAGACAGGAAGUAAGGAAGAAGAUUCACUAUAAAAGGAUAUAUAUGGAAUCAUGUGUAACCUUGAGAUCCUGGAAGUUUUUCGAAAACAAGCUGAAAUCAGUAACUAAUUUGGCAAUUGCUUAAUCAAUGUAAACGGAGUAUAAUAAAUCGUUUUCUAGAUUUAUCAUGUAGUCUUCUAGACAAGAUAAUCACGUAAAAUCUCUUUAAUGUUUUCUCGGAAUUCAUUCAUCCAUACGGGUACAGAGAAUUUUGACUCGAGAUAAGCUCUACUCUUGUUCGCAAUGUUGACUUAGCACCUAGCAACCCCUUCUUCAUUUAUUUCGUUCAAACCACAAGUGCCGAAAAUAAAAGAAUCCUCGAACCUUCCACUACUCAUGGUAUUCAUUAAGGUUUUAUUUAUAAAGUCAUGAAAAAUGUAGCUUUCUACGACGAAAAUACCACUUCAUCAUGCUACAGACAUGUUAAGUGUAGUAUAGUCAGUCAUAAUGGUAAAAAAAUUACAACCAAGUAAAAAUCAAACCUCCAAAAUAUCUACCAUUAGGUGAGUAAAUAAAUAAAAACAUGACCGUAAUUACUAUGAUACACUUAAAUGACUUGACAAUAUUUACCCCCAGUCAGAAAUUUUUAACAUUUUAGCUAAUGUCAGUUUGUGAUUAAAACUCUAAACCUAACCGUAAAUAAUAUGAGGAUUCUCAAAGCUCUGUUUGGAUCCUGAUAAAAUUUCAAGAAGAUAGAUAAUCUAUUCUUACGAGGACAACUUUAGAUGUCGUUGGUUUUUUUGGGAAGAAAUUUACAGACUGUUCUGACUUAUGGCCGCCCACUAAUAUCACAUGAAAAAACCACCAAUCAGAAUAUUUAUUUCUAUAACUUCGUAUCUGAUCUAACCAAUGACAUGAUAACCGGCACUAGUAGCUUUUAUUCAGUGCUAAGUCCUUAGUGGCACUUGGUCUGGUGGCUUCUCUUCAUGAUCAUUAAGUCCAGAUAAUAGCAAUUAGUCUCCACUAGACGAAUAUUAUAUUUCACACAUACAUAGUUUACACACAAACAGACCUGACCAUCACACCAUAAAAUGAAAAAUGACAAUUAUACAUGAUCAAGACAAAAAGUGGUUGUAAGGGAGACUGUGAAUAAUAAACUAGCUACUAAUGAAGAACAGCAGAUCAUAGAAUAGUAGUUAAUGGGUUAAUCAAAAACUCACGAUAAAAGGAAUAUAAAUAUAUCACAAUCUGAUUACGUAAUAAUUAUACAAUUAUAUAUAUAAAUUAAUUCUGAUAGUUACUAUUCAUUUAGUUUUCGUUGGAUUUAACAGACAUGACUAACCAGUAAAUGACUUUAAUCAACAUAAAUUUUGUUGAUACUUUUGUUAAAUGAGGAGUAUUUUUUUAUUUGAACACAUAGAUAUUGGUACAAGGGGGCACCAGAUACAUAUGCGCCACACAAAUCUUAUUUGAUUUGUGUGAAGGCUGUGAUACUACCCGGGUGCCCGAACCGAAGCAGAUGGUUUUCUUAGGAGGCCACACCCGGAGCCUUCGACCUAAAGGUCUGAUCCACAAGGCAGUGGAGCGACGUAAGGAGAUGAAGUCUCAUGGUAGCCGGUCACCAAUAAUUGAUUCACACGCCAUUUGUUACCUCAGGAUUCUGGAGUUCAUGUGCACCAAUGGUUUGGAAUCAGGGAUUUCCAACUCCCCUAUGUGGACUCUCCAUGUCCACCAACCCAGUUAAAGCGCCGGCCAUUCGCUUUUCGUCCUCUCAAUUUUGUAAACAACACCCGUGGUGCGAGAAAGCAGUGAGUAUGACUUCCCUGACAGUGGUUGUAUGCACGCGGCCAUGUGAGAGCAUUUCCAGUAGGAGAGCUGACUCUCUUUACUCUUUGCCGUACCAGGGGGAGGAGGAGUCGCACAAUAGGACGAAACGUCCGUCCAGUGCUUCUAGGUUUUCCCUGGUGGUCUAGCUUCAAUUGAAUCAUGAUCUCAACUAUUGAAAUUACUACAAUCUUUACAAAACCCCUUCUGAUGCAAAUGAUUAUUUACCAUAACUUAAACUAUACACUUGUAGUUGUCCCAUUUUUUUCCUUAUCACCGUAUCGAUUGGUUAAGAAUUAAUUGAAAAUUCGUAUCAGUUGUUUUUGUUUUAAAACUCAUCCCUUUAUUACACACUUGUCUAAACUAGAAUUUAUUCUUGUUAUAAUAAUAGUAAUAAAUUUAAACGAGCUUUGUCAAGUAUGAAUCCACCUUUUUUCGCUUAUUAAAUUAUGAGAUAAGUUUGUAUUAUAUUCAACUUGGAUCAAUCAAAUGGUCGUUUGUGCUUGAUCGAUUAUUUUGUACUUAAAUAAUUACCCUGCGGAUUAGUUGUUACUAUGGCUGUGUGUAUGUGUGUAUGUGUAUGUUAUAGAGAAAGUUUUAAAUGAUUUGAUAUGAAGAAAAUUUCAACUGUCAAAAAUAAUAAUUAGAUUACUAGUUAAUGAAUGAACUCAAUGAUAUAAUGUGUAGUGUAAUCAAAUAAUAAUUACUCACAACACUGUAACAUUACUGUAGGCGCUUCCCUCUUCAUCCACCCUAAAUGAAUCGAAAUAAAAGAUGAGAGACUACUAACCAGAUAUGUAGUUAUAUUUUGUUUUAUUUACUAGAAUGACUAUGAGCACAAAAUAAAUCUGAUAAAAUAUUAUGGAUUAUUGAAGGAAAUCAGUUUUUAGUUCAAUUAUCCAUCAAUCAAUCAAUUAUUAUCUUACUGUUAGACUAUUUUAUCAAUGCGUGGAGGGGGCUUCAAUAAUUUUAACAUAAUAGAAUUUUGUGAUCUGAUCCCUGUUUGAUCUAUUCAUUUUUAGUUUUUAAACAACUAGGCAGGUCACCAUCGAUAAUGAAAUAAGAAUAAAUAAAUAAGAACUAUCAGAAUGAGGGGGAUUUGUGGAGAUUGUAGUAUUUUUUUCGAUAGUUGAAUUCGUUAGUCGAUCUAAGCUAGAACACUAUUGAAAACCUGGAAGCACUGGAUGGUCGUUUCGUCUUAGUAUGGGACUCCUCAACAGUGCGCACACACGAUCAUGCAUGCGGGACUCGGACCCAAGGCCUUCGGUCUCGUGCGCGAACGCUUGUUUUCUAGACCACUGAGUCGGCAUCCAACGGUGUUAAUGUUUUACUUUAAUCGAUCCAUGAUCUUACUCAAUCCUUCAUCCAUUCGGACAGACUACCAUACCAUAAGGCGGCCUGCUUGAGCAUCUGGGCUACCUGUUCCUGCCAUCUAGAUAUUUCAACAAGUUAUCUAUUUUUGUUUGUUUUAAUAUAUCAUUAUGUCUAUUAAUCACACAACCUAUUCUGCUGCGUUUCUGAAAAGUGUACAACCUUUCGUUGUCAAAGUUACAAAAAGCUCAAAAAGAGAGAAUAUUGUUGCUGGCAAUAUACAACGAAAAGAAUGUACAUUAUUCAGAUGUUCAUUUACUGGACUGUUAACAUCUAGCUGGCGAUCACUCAGUAUUUAUCGCGAGGACCGACCAAGAAGAAAGAAACGGAAACUUGUUGAAAUACUUUGUGCUGAGAAUUCUAUAUUGUACCAAUAAUAUAAUAUUGAAUAAAGCUUAUAAUAAUAAAAUUAAAAUUAAAUUAAAUUGUCUGUUGGAUACCAGCUCAGUGGUCUGGAAGUUAAGUGUUCUCUCACGAGACCGAAGGACCUAGGUUCGAGUCCCGUGUGCGGGAUGAUGAAUAAAAAUUAGUUAUAUUAAAUUAUCGUCACUUAUUUCCUCAUUUUCACUACAAUUAAUAUUUUACGAAAGGGAGUUUUUACGGAUUGUUUAAAUUGAAAGUAAUUUUAUGAAAUGGAUUCAGUUGAUAUAUCAUGGAAACAGUCUGCAGUUGCUUUCAUCCUAAGUUGAAGCCUCUUCACAAAGUCGAUUGUUAUACAUAACUUCGAAGAAUUAUUAUUAUCAAUGGCUGAACAACUAUCUGGUACUUUUUGAUUUUCAAUGAGUUUUCCGGUUGUAAACGGUCCAUCAUACAUCCAACGAUGGUUGCUACUUUUAUGCUAGUGGCCAGGCUUGCAUAUCGUAAUCAUCCAGUCGAAAUAUAUUAGUUAGAACACUUGUUUCUUUAGGUCCUACCAUGCCAGCUAUCUCUCUCUCUUGUGUUUUAACAUUGUUGUAUAUUUUAUUUUCCAUGAAAACAUCUGUUUCUCUCUGGUGUAUUCCUAAUAUUUUCUAUUACCAUUGGUACACUGUUACUACUAUAUAAAUUACUCUGGUAUGUAUCAUAAUAAUUUUAUCUCUCUGUGCCGAUACAAUGUAGCUUUUGAACCGGUGCACAAACGUACCGUUUCUACACUGUUUAGGACCUCCUGAAUUCAUAUCUCAAGAAGCUGUUUAUUUAUUACUAUCUCAUUUGUGUACAAGUUUAUGCUCUUCCCCUCUUCUUCAAAAGUUACCGGAUAUGAUAUGAAAAGAUAACUUGUGAUUAUCUCUACUUUUGUAACUUCGAUACACACACAAAAAUUUCAAUAAAUAAGGCUUUAUUAAUAGCAUCAUGUGACGGAUUAAUUUUAUCACAGAAACAUUGGCUAUGAAAUGGUAGAUGUAUCCAUUGUUUAUUGUUGUGUCUCUGUUUUCAUGUGUUUGGAUUUUGUUACAUUAUCUAUUCUAAUCAGAUUAAAAAGUGAUCAUCGUUUUCAAUGUGGAUUUAAAUGAAAUCAAUUUGGAUAGGAUUAUUUAGCAAAUCGAGGCGAAAUUUCAUCCAUCCUUUUCAAUCUAAUUUAGUAUUAUACAAUCAGUAGUGGGUUUUGUUAAUCGUAAGUAUUAAUGUGGUGGACCCUACUUACAAGAUUGCUUCUAAGAAGUAUGCAGCGAAGUGUCGCAUGGGAGUUACUACAGUUAACCGAGGAUAGGAGUCUCAAGAAGCCUAAAGCCUGCCGAGUUCAGGAUACUUUUGAGACUGGAAGAGAAGCUAUAUAAGGCAGCCUACAGUCAGCUUGUGUUUCGGAACACACAUUAGAUGCAAAUGAAGGAUUGAAGAAUAAGUGUAUAUAUUUCAUAAAUAAUCUGUGUUCUCUGUAAAUUAAUACCAUCUGAACUUGACUUGUUCUUACAUUACGGUAGUAAGUAGAGUACACGACAGACAUCAUUAAAUCUUGCUUCAAUGUUUAAUUUCUAUGAAAUUUCUAUCCACCAUAACUAGUAGUUUGAUAUGUUGAUUAUUUUAAUAUUAGGAAAUUUAAAAUUGUUAUUCAUGAUUAAUAUUAUAAUAGACAUAAGCAGAUAAGCUAAAAAGAUAAAAUAAAUGCAAACAUGGGUUUGCAAAUCAUAGAUGUUACAUUUUUAUCAUAGGAAAAGUAUUAUUCAGUGGUUUAAUCAGUUAAGAUCAGCUUGGUUUUUCUACAUCAAAUUUAGUGUUCGCCGGUGUAGCAGCAGUCUCUGCAUCAGUAGGCCUCAGCAUACACAAGGGGGGAAAGCCAAGGUCCUCAAAUUCAAAGCGGAGAACAGCAGUCCAAUCACUGUUGAUGGCGAAACUCUGGAAGAUGUAGAAUCCUUCACAUACCUGGGAAGCAUAAUCGAUGAACAAGGAGGUCCCGAUGCAGACGUAAAGAUGAGGAUUGGAAAAGCAAGGACAGCAUUCCUACAAUUGAAGAACAUAUGGAACUCAAAACAACUUUCAACCAAUAUCAAAGUGAGAAUCUUCAAUACCAACGUCAAGGCAGUUCUACUGUAUGGAGCUAAAACUUGGAGAACUACAACAACCACCAUCAAGAAGGUACAAGUAUUUAUAAAUGGUUGUCUACUCAAGAUACUCAACAUUCAUUGGCCGGAUACCAUCAACAACAGGCUUUUGUGGGAGAGAACAAACCAGCUUCCAGCUGAAGAGGAAAUUAGGAAAAGACGAUGGAAACGGAUAGGACAUACAAUAUGCAAAUCGUCAAACUGCAUCACGAGUCAAGCCCUAACUUGGGAUCCUGAAGGAAGGCGGAAAAGAAGAAGACCAAAUAACACAUUACGUCGGGAAAUAUAAGCAGAUAUGGAAAGGAUGAAUAACAACUGGAAGGAGCUGGAAAGGAUUGCUCAGGAGAGGGUUGGAUGGAGAAUGCUAGUGAGCGGCCUAUGCUCCUUCACGAGGAGUAACAGGCGUAAGUAAGUAAGUAAGUAAUAAAAAAACAUUCCAUUAUGAUCUGACUGUAGCUGCUUGGAUGUCAUAAUGAUCUUAUCAAGGUAUAUUAUCUAGAACUUGUUCUUCUAGGUCUUACCAUAUUAACCAGGUUGGUUACUGAGCAGUAAACGUACAUUUCAAGGUUUAUGUCGUAAUCCCGGAUGCGACAGCAGUAAAGUGUUUCCCUAAUACAACCAGCAUCAGCUCAAUAGAUUUCUGUCAGUAGUUGUAAUGUCUGUAAAGCACAGAACUAACAGAUCAAAAACCACUCACAUGCGGACCGUUUAUGUGUGACUCACCUCAAGCAAUUGUUCCUUCAGCUCUAUGAUCGCACUCCCAGAUCCUUGAGACUAACUCCUAACCCUAACCUACUUUAGAUUUCAAGUCUCUUAAGAUGAAAUUACUUUACGUAGUAAAUGUAGCGGGCAAUUAGCAACCAUUCCUAUACCUCUAACAACACUCGUGACCAUCUUGAAUGACUAAUUAUGAUACAACUAUUGUUUAGAUGUUCAAAUUAGUAGUUUCUCGAUAAGGUUCAAAUCCACAAUAUUUAGUGUUUGUAAAUUAAAUAUUCCAAUUGUUUUGUACAACAAAUUUAACAAAUUCUGUUAUUAUACUAUACUUAGCUUUAAUUUAUUUUUCUACAUGAAUAUAGGUUUUAGCUAUUCAAUUGGCUUGCUUCUAUGAAAUUAUCAAUAUUGGUUAUUUGGUUUAUCGAUCGCAUGAUUUACCUUGGUUUCGAUUAUUAUCAUGGUAUUUUUUGUUUACAUCAAAUUAUUACUUAUUUGGUGAAAGUUUAAUCGCCCGAUUUCGAUUACUUUUAGCUAAAGAAGAUUUUCUACAACCAUGGAUAACUCAUCAUCAGUUUAUUUCAUUUUCAUUAUAUUGUGCUGGGAUUGUUGCAUUUGUUCUAAGUUUAGUUAAAAGGCAUUAUAUUAAACAGUUUACUUUGUUUGGAUGGACUCAUGUUACAUUGCUUAUUUUCGUUACAUCAUCUUAUUUCUGUAUUGAAAAUAUUUUCAAUGGUUUAAUUUGGUUUCUUUUACCAGUUUGUCUGGUUAUAUGCAAUGAUAUUAUGGCAUAUGUAUUUGGAUUUUUCUAUGGGAAAACACCACUUAUUAAAUUGUCACCGAAAAAAACAUGGGAAGGUUUUAUUGGCGGUGGUUUAUCCACUAUACUAUUCAGUAUAUUACUAUCUUAUAUUUUAUUAAAAUAUGAUUAUUUCGUAUGUCCAAUUGAAUGGGAUGAUACAAAAGGUUCUUUAACAAUGAAUUGUACUAGAAAUCCUGUAUUUAUAGCACAGAUCUAUGAUUUACCGAAGUAUUUAUUCUUUCUUCCAAUACGUCAAAUCACUUGGUAUCCAUUCUUACAGCAUUGUUUAAUUAUCAGUAUAUAUACAUCAGUUGUUGGACCAUUUGGUGGAUUCUUCGCUAGCGGUUUUAAGAGAGCAUUUAAAAUUAAAGAUUUUGGUGAUUUUUUCCCUGGACACGGUGGUGUAGUUGAUCGUUUUGAUUGUCAAUUAAUAAUUGGAACAUUUGUAUUAUUUUAUUAUAAUUCAUUUGUUCGAACUUAUAGUCCUGUUUCUCUAUUACCAAAAAUCUACAUUUUACCACCAAAUGCACAAAUUCUAUUUUAUCGUCUACUUACGGAUGGUCUUUAUAAACGUGGUCUACUUCCUAAUCAAUUAAUAGAUGCAGUAAAUGAAUAUUUACCAUCUUCAUCAGGAUCAAGUUCAACAACAAUACGACCAACUAGUUCAUCAUCAUCAUCAUCGUUGAAUAAUGUUGAAGUAUAGAAAGUAUUUGAAAAAGAUCAACCAAUGAGAAUAUAAGCCAACAAGUGAUAGUGUUACAAACACACACACAUACAAACCUACAUACCUCUGUAUGUUUGAUCGUGUGCGUGUGUAUUUGUAUUUUAUUAACACACACACACACACACACACUAGAGCUACAGAAGUACAUGUGCGUUUAACUUAUUUUUCAUACAGAAAGAUGAAAUAUAAAAUUACUUCGAUAAAAAUACUUCUACUAGUGGGCUUGGUGAUUGUUCAAGUUUGAAUUUUAUAAUGAGAUUCCGAUUAAAAAUGUGUUGUUGUUCCCCUCCCCGCUCAUUUUUAUCAUUAUUAUUAUUCUUAUUACUUAUUUGCUAACAGGCUUUUAUUGUAUACUUGCCCCUCGCAUAGACCAGUGUAUUGUAGAUCAUUAACAUAAUGAGAUAUGCACUCGCAUAUAUACAUAUAUAAACCGCAUACAGACACAUACACAGUCACGCAUUAUGAGGUGUACGACUAACGUUAAUAACUAGUCCACUUUACAUUGAAAUUUGUUUUCAACUUUUAAAUUAAUUAGUAAAUAUUUGUUGUACUACUUACUAAUUUAUACUACUUAUAUAUAAGUAGUAUGUGUUGCUAGCUGAAUUUAACUGAAAGAAAUCGUUAAAUACAAGCAGAAAUUUAAAAUGUGAAUCAUGAAAGUGUCAAUACAAUUGUGUUUUAACAGAAUAUGUAGAAUUUGUUUCUUGUUUAUUUUUAUUGUAGAAAAUAAAAAAAAGAUACUGAUUUACUACUCUAUUCAAUCCAGUCAAUGUAGUAUUGUUUUAAUUGAUCAUCGUCAUCAUCAUUUAUUUUGUAUUGUUCACUUAUGUGGUGCAUUUCCCUCUCUCCCUCUCUCUCUCUCCACGUGUAACCGGCUUGUAUCUGUUUACAUAACCUCAUCAUUAUUAUUAUUGUCAUUGUCAGUGUUGUUAUCUGUUUUACACCCGUAUAUACUACUUACUAUACACUCAUUAACAUACAUUUUCUUAUCAAUAAGAGAAUAAAAGUAUCAAACAUUAAUAGGGGUGGGGAGACUGUUGCUAUUUCUAUUUAAUUAGAGUUAUGAAUAAUACUGUUAUGUCAUCCAAUGAUAUAUUCAUUCUGUGAUUUCUUCAUUUAAUAUCUAUGUGAUACAUAUUGAUAGAGUGUAUCAAUUUGACAGUGUGCAUAUAUAUAUGUGGAUAUACAUUCAUAUUUUCAUAGAUGCUUACAAAAAUAUUGUGUUUUCUUUUUCUUCUCAUUUUUACAUCGGAUCCUGUGUCACUUUGAUACAGAUGCAUUUAAUAAAAGUAAUGAUCUUUACAAAUAUAUACACUUCCACUUAAUCAGUAUUGACACUUUGUUGUCUAUAUAGUUUAAUGAUGGAUUAUGUUAAUUCAAUUGUUGAUAGUCUUAUUAUGUUUCCUGAUUGGAAAGGGUGUAUGGUCAUUUUUGUUUCGUCCAUCAAAUCAUUCCAUCUAGGUUAAUGUGGAAGUGAUAUAAUUGGGCUAAAAUUAUUGUUCCUUGAGCAUUAUGGUCAUUUGCUAUGUUUUCUCUUUAAAUGACUUAAAAAGAAUUCAUGUUCCAUGAAAUGAGUAACCAAGACGUGAUAACAAAUGUUUCCAUACAUCUAAUAGUAUUGGAGGUUAUCUAGUUCAUAACUAACUAAUAAAUUGUGGGUUACUUCCUAUGCUCAAAGUUCAAAUAAGAUUUAUUGUGCUUAUCUCAAUUUAUAUACAAAUCAGUAGUCGUUAGAUAUUUCAAUCAAAUUCAGUUUAGGACGGCGUAUAUGUGAAUGUAGUCUGAUUUAGUAAUUUCAUUCAGUAAUGAAUAUUUUGUCGCCUUAUGGAUAAAUGUAAAUGGUUUCCGAGGGAAUUGAAGGUACUUUUAAAUUGAGAGCACACAUUUUGAUCUAGAAAUUCAUUUCUUAUUGCAUGAUAUUUCUCACAGUAUUUGUUGUUAUAUUUUUUUGUUAACUGAGAUAUUACUUAAAUGCUCAAAUCGGAAUCGGUGAUCUUAAGGAAUCAAUUCCUGAGCCAUUGGUCUAAGAGACUAACCCACAUGGAAGUGAUGUGAUGCGAGACGACACAAUCCUAUAGCUAGCAGUUUCUUUUUCCCAGGAUCUUUCAGCCUAAUUAUCCCACUGAUUUGAUAUCCAGAUUUCACCAACUAAUAUCAAAGUUCAGACAUGGAAAACAGAUAACAGUCACUGGAACCAACACAGUAUCAAACUCAGAAAUACUUCCCAUGUAUUCUGAUUGGUUAAUAACAAAAUCUUACGAUGUCAUUUUUAUAGUUGGCUAUGAUCGCAGCAUAGUAUAAUUUUAUAGGAUCUAACAUGUGGUAUUCAUGAAAAUCACAUAUGUAUAAAGUUAAAUUUGCUGAACGAAAGUAUCAAUUCUUGAUAAUAAUAAUAAUGUGUGAUAUAACUUCAAAACAUUUACCAUAGAAAAUACAUUCAACAGGUUCAAUCUCAAAACUGUUCAUAGUUUGCUUUAUUGAAUUUAUCUGAAGCGAUAAUGUUUAGAAUUAGACGAAUAUGUUUUAAUUUGCUGUAUUUUUAUGAACAUUUUACAUAAAUACUUCUUUGGUCGUUUUCUUUUUUGCCAAACAAUAAAUAGUAUUUAUAAAUGCCGAAAUCGAAUUAAACGAUUGUUAUGUAUCGUCUGGUACGGCCGAGAGUGGGAAGAGUCAGCUCUCCCUCUUGAAAUGCUCUCAUAUGGCCACGUGCAUACAACCACUGUCAGGGAAGUUCUACUCACUGCCUUCUCGCGGCACCGGUGUUAUUUAUGAAACUGAGAGGACGAAAAGCGAAUGUCCCACACUUUAACUGGGUUGAUAAACACGGAGAGUCCACCUAGGACAAUUGGAAAUCCCUGAUUCCAAACCAUUGGUGCACAUGAACUCCAGAAUCCUGAGGUAACAAAUGGCGUAUGAAUCAAUGAUUGGUGACCGGCUACUAUGGGACUGUAUCUCCUCAUGAUACUCCACUGCCUUGUGGAUCAGACCUUCAGGUCGAAGGCUCGGGAUGUGGCUCCCUAAGAAAACCACCUGCUUCGGUUUGGGUACCCGGGUAGUAUCACAGCCCUUACACAAAUCGAAUGAUUUGUGUGGCGCAUAUGUAUUUGGUGCCUCCUUGUACCAAUCUUUAUGUGUUUAAAUAAAUAAAUAUUGUCUAGUACUGAAUGAUUGUUCUACUCAUCCUGACCAUUUUAAUGAAUAUCGGAAUAUGAAGGUGUAUUGCCUUUUUGCUGUAGUGUGAAAACAACUCGUCUUACUUUUAAAGUAAAUCAGUUUUUAUGUUUGGAUUCUUUGAUUAGCGAUUGACUGGGCAUGAUAUUGAAUAAGAUUGAACUCGGAGGAUAGAAUUUGUUGAUUCGAUGUCACAUGUUAAACAUAUUUAUUUCGAUGUAAACACUUAUUUUUUCCGAGGAACUAAGAAGAGAGGUUUGGUAUGAUAAAGGUCAACUGUAUAUCUAUACUAUCUAGCGCAUUUAAAAUGCUACCAAUACAACCACUAAACGGAACUGAUAUUUGUUUGAAACUCAAUAAAAUAGCAUCUCGGGAAGUUGAUUGAUAAUAAUCUGAAGCUGUAUGUCAUGUCAUACUUCACAAAUCGUGUCACAUUUUGUCAGAUUAUUAACAGUACCAAUUGAGGUAAAAUAAGAGUUUUGUUGUCGUGAAUUGUUUUUUAUUUUUGUAAGAUAGUAGAGAUUUGUCGCACUAAAGAAGGCUUAUAAACUAGCUUAUUCAACUCCUUAAUUUAGUCUUCAU